CUGCAAUCACCCAACCCCACUCUGUCCAACCUCUCAACAACAUAGCAAAGCGACGAUGGCGAAUUUAUAUGGCAUUUCUGACUUGCACGUUGCAUAUCCUCUUAACGCUUCCCAGUGGGAUCUAUUGCAGCCUAAACCGCCUGGUACAGGCUUGAUCCUUGCGGGCGAUAUCGGUGAAUCAGCUACGCACUUGAUUGCUGUGUUUGAACGCGCCAAGGCCUGUUUCACGCAUGUAUUUUGGGUCCCAGGAAACCAUGAGCUCUACUCCGUCUCUCCAUCCGUGGCUAAGCAUCCUGCUGAUAAUCUUCGAGGAGAGGCAAAAUAUAAUGCCCUAGUGGAGCUGGCCCGGCAGUACGGUGUCCUUACUCCCGAGGAUGAUUGGAUGCUAUGGCGGAGGCCGGAUGGAGUUGACGUCGUGAUUGCACUCAUAUUUACGCUAUACGACUAUUCUUUUCGCCCAGUAGAUGUCUCUCGAGAAGGCGCGUUGGAUUGGGCGAUGGAGGAAAAUGUUUGGGCAACGGAUGAGGCGUUAUUGCAUCCAGACCCGUAUGAAUCACGGGACGAGUGGUGUACAAAACUAUGCGAGAGGUGGGAGCAAAAGUUUUUCGAAUAUUCAGCACGAUAUCCAAAUACCAAAUUUGUGAUUGUGAAUCACUGGCCGUUACGAGAGGACUUGGUAUACAUUCCGAAAAUUCCACGAUUUUCUUUGUGGUGUGGGACCAAAAGGACUCGAGAUUGGACGGAAGCUGGGCGUUUUGGUGCUGAUUAUGGAGGGGCGCAAGUGGUCGUAUCGGGACAUCUACAUGUUAGACGUACUGACGUAAAGGAAGGCGUGAGGUAUGAGGAAGUUAGCUUGGGAUAUCCCAGGCACUGGGAAAUGGCACGGGGUGAAAGUAAAGGAGUGAAUGAGAUGUUGAGGGAAAUCUUACCAGGGAAUGAAUCAGUGACAGAAGGGCAACGUGUAUGGCGACCACGAGGUUAGUGCCUACUUUAAAAUGUGCGAAGUCAUAAUUUGAGAUGGCUUCAUCAUCGAAUGAGAGGUUUCGGUUUUAUCGAAGCAUGUCCGAAAACACAAUUAGCAACAUCGCGAAUGAACUUUGACUUUGAC